GCAACCUUGACUCCUCGUGCUUUCUCAGGGGUUGGCUUCUCCUCCCCACUCAGUCCUCGGUUCCCGGUCCGGUUCGGUCCCGUUCGUUAGGGUUUAGUAGUAGCGGGGAAGAGGAAGGAAUGGCGGACGUCGAGUACCGCUGCUUCGUCGGCGGCCUCGCCUGGGCCACCGACGACCAGUCCCUCCAGAACGCCUUCUCCAAGUACGGCGACGUCAUCGACUCCAAGAUCAUCACUGACAGGGAGACGGGCCGAUCCCGCGGGUUCGGGUUCGUCACCUUCGCGUCGGACGAGGCGAUGCGCCAGGCGAUCGAGGCCAUGAACGGCCAGGACCUGGACGGCCGCAACAUCACCGUCAACGAGGCGCAGUCCCGCCGCUCCGGCGGAGGAGGCGGCGGCGGCUUCGGCGGCGGCGGCGGCGGCUACGGGGGCCAGCGCCGUGAGGGCGGAGGCGGCGGCGGCUACGGCGGCGGCGGCGGCGGCUACGGAGGUGGCCGCAGCGGCGGCGGCGGCGGCUACGGCAGCCGUGACGGCGGCGGCUACGGAGGCGGCGGCGGCGGCGGCUACGGCGGCAGCCGCGGCGGCUCCGGCGGCGGCAACUGGAGGGAGUGAAUGGUGGGGCCCCUAGCUGGCCAGUUAUCCUAGUUACCGAUCCCUUUUUUUACCUGUCUACCAAAGUGUUAUCGCUCGCUCCCGAGUACCCUAGAUCUCGCUCCAUCGCGUAGGUUCCGAGAUGUUCUGGCUACCGUUAGAUGUGACGCCGCUACCGUUCCGUGUUACUUGUUACCGUCCCUGUUCCGUUCGCUAUGAAUGAAAUGAAAAAUCAGAGCAAAAGUUUGUUCGCAUGUUA